AGUCAACUUCAAAUCAGUCAUCAGUCUUCUUGAAAGCAGUUAUUACAUCAUGUAGAGCGCAACCUCGGUGGCUCAAAUUUGCGACUAUAAUUUAUUCAGUAAACUGAUAUUAAUAUGAAGAUUCAUAGCUAUAACUUGCAGCUAGCGAAAAUCAUAGUCAAAGUUUCUGCUAGCCUGUUAGAAGUGUGUUCAAAUUGUUGUGCUGUUCAGGCCACUCUAUGUGUUUAGUAUUCGUUGCUGCAGUCACAGAGUAAAAACAACUUCCUUCAUCCCACUCUGCUGCGCUAAAUUUGAACCGUCUCGUCUAGUGUCAUUUUGCCGCGUGCGGUCGGUGAGGAGUGAAGACCGGUUGUUGUUGUUGUAAAGAGCACUGAGACUGGGAGAGAGUUCUGGAGAGGAUUUGCUGCUGCGGCCGGCCCAGGACUAGUCGAGCUGCUCCUCUCAACCAACCAUCUUCAUCCUGUUCAUUCUGGAGAAGAGCACAAGAAUUUGCAGUAAAACGCACGCAAUAUGGCAGCUGAUAACCACCAGUCUAAGCCGGACAAAAGGUUGAAAGACAAAAUGAACGAAGAGAUUGGAAAAUGCAAUGGUAAUGCCGAACUCUCCCCCUCAAAUACGAGCUCCAAACUGAGACAUCCAUUCCGUCAAGCACUUCCACAGAUUUUAGCAACGACUGCCAAAAAUAUUCUUCUUCUCGGAUAUGGAAUGACUCUCGGAUUUCCAACAAUUGUGAUACCAAAUUUGGCUCAAGCUUCCAACUCUACAACAGAUCCCUACAAUUUGACUCUGACAAGAGAUCAAAUAUCAUGGUUCAGCAGUAUCAACCUGAUCUGCGUGCCGCUGGGUUGCUUCCUGUCAGGAGUGCUGACUCAGCCGUUCGGUCGCAAGCCAAGCAUGAUGGUGCUGAAUGUGCCAUUCAUCAUCGCGUGGCUCAUCUACCACUACGCCAGCUCGGUCAACAUGCUGUAUGCGGCGCUCGUCAUUACAGGGUUCAGUGGCGGGGUCCUCGAAGCUCCUGUACUGACUUAUGUAGCAGAAAUCACGACUCCUCAGCUGAGAGGGAUGUUAUCAGCAACUGCGUCGAUGAUCGUCAUUCUGGGUGUUUUCAUUCAGUUCAUCUUCGGCACGUUCCUGCCCUGGAGAACAAUCGCAUUGGUCAAUGUCACCUUCCCCAUUCUUGCCAUUAUCGCAUUGUAUGGAGUUCCCGAAAGUCCUCAUUGGCUAAUGGGUAAAGGAAGAGUGGAGGAUGCAGAGAAGUCGCUGCAAUGGCUGAGAGGCUGGGUGAAGCCACACGAGGUGCAGGUAGAGCUGUCUCAUCUGGCCAAAGCAAUCAAGUCGAGCAAUUUCGAAGAAUCACAACGGAAGCGAUCAUGGCACGCAUUCAAGGAGAAAACGUUCCUUCGCCCUUAUUUGCUAGUGUCGAUGACGUUUUUGUUCGGUCAUUUCUGUGGAAUGACCACUCUGCAAACGUUUGCGGUCUCGAUAUUCGCGGAAAUGGGGACGCCGAUCGACAAGUACCUGGCGACGUUGAUCCUGGGCCUGGUGCAGCUGCUGGGUGCGCUGACGUGUGUGGUGCUCGUGCACUGGACGGGCAAGCGACCUCUGGCCAUGGUGUCGCUGGUCGGCAACAGCAUCUGCUGGCUGCUAGUCGCCAUGUAUGCCAGCUGGUUCCGCACCCACCCGCAACCCCACCCCCACCCCGAGCACAGCGCAGCCUUCAGCUGGCUGCCCAUGGCUCUCAUCAUCCUCUCCGCCUUCCUCACGCACAUGUGCGUCCGCCUGCUGCCCUGGAUACUCAUUGGCGAGGUGUACACACCAGAGGUUCGAGCAACAGCCAGUGGUGCGUCAGGGUCAGCUGGUUACAUUUUCGGAUUCCUGGCCAACAAGUCCUACUUCAUGAUAAUGGACAGGAUAGAAGCCAGCGGCACGUUCACAAUGUACACGAUAUUCAGCAUCGGAGGGGCCUUGUUCCUCUACUACUUCCUGCCCGAGACAGAGGGCAGAACUCUUGUCGAGAUCCAGGAGCAUUUUGCUGGCAAUCGGUGCUUAAUCAGCAAUAAAGAAACUAAUAGUACAGGCGCUCAAAGUAAAGAAGACUAUGCGGCCGAUAACCCAGCUAUGGACCACGUUGAAUCGCAUCUGUGAUAGAGACACUUAUUUGAAAAAUGUUUGUGAUGAUUUAGAUAUUUAACUGAAGAUAACUCACUUCAACGCUAUCUUGGUUCACCUUGUAUGUUGUAUGUAGAAUAUAAGUAUAAUAAUGUUUCUACAUCUAUGAUCGAAAUUUGUAUGUAGAGUCUUAGUAUAAGAUUAUUUUUACAUCUAUAUUCGAUUUUUUUAUCUAGAAUCUCAGCACCUAUAACAAUAUUUCUACAUCUAUGUUCGAAGUUUCAAGUGAUAGAUUGAAAAUACUGUUAUUCUAUUUUAGUAAAUCUAGUUUUUUUAAAUAUAAAUGAUAUUUUAUUAUGUAAUACAAUUCUAUUAUUCUGUUAUCAUCUUAUAUUUUCUAUGAUGUUGUACUUUUAAUACGAUGCUAAUUUGUAUUACUCAAUUGAUACCUUUCAAUUGUUGAUAUAAGUUUAUUUCUAGUUUAAUGUGGAAAUAUCUUCAUGGGACUAAGGGACAUAAUAUGCACCAUGACACACUUGAACCCAGAAUGAAACAUACUAUAAUAAAUGGGACCAUAUCUUCAUGUAAACCAAGAUAAGCGUUAAACGUAGGUGGUGCAUAUGGGCCUAAAUCUCAAUCAAAUGGAAUGAACUGGAAUGCUAUUGAAAUGAAGUAAUUUAAAAGGACCAUUAACUUAAAUGAACCAAUUCAUUUUCAAUUCGCCCAGCAGUCAAUUAUUAUUUCGAAUAUUAUUGAAGCUUAUGUUGUAUUUGAAUAGAUCUAAUAACAAAGUUAGCCAAAGGCUUUACAGUUAUUUUAAUAAUAUUUUGAACAGUAAAGUAUCAUAGUUUGUCCAGAAAAAGCAAAUAAUUUUGCUUUGUCCUAAAAGUACCACAAUCAAACUAAUUGUUGAGAAACGUCUACCAUCCUUAAUAGCCUCUUGGAAAUCAUAUAAAAGAUUUAUAUCUCUUUUUAGCAGUGAGGCUGUCUAGUACCGAUCAACAUAAUGCGUAUUACUGUUUUUGCUCUCAUUGAUCCUAAUCCUAUAAUCUUCCUCUACUAGUGGAAAAUCUAUACUACUUGUCUAUUAUGUUGUACUCUUUAAUACUAUGUCUUCCAUAGUAGCUGUCAAUAAUUGUAAUUCUAUAGCAUGUUAUCGAUUUAUCAAUUUGUUGUUGCCAUGCCUCUGAAUGCAGAUUCUCAAUCGCUUUUAGAAAUGUUUUGGACCAUCCAAAAGUUUUAAUUUUUUAUGUGAAUAUAUAUUUUCUUUACAGUAUCA